CUUUAGUGUCGCCAAAGUGAUUGUUGUUGGAGAUGUUGCUGUUGGGAAAACUUGUUUGAUCAGCAGGUUCUGUAAGGAUGCGUUUGAUCGAGGCUACAAAGCGACCAUCGGGGUGGAUUUUGAGAUGGAGCGUUUCGAGGUGCUYGGUGUUCCCUUCAGUUUGCAGCUGUGGGACACGGCGGGUCAGGAGAGAUUCAGGUGCAUUGCUUCGACAUAUUACAGAGGAGCACAAGCCAUCAUUGUUGUGUUUGACCUGAGCAGUGUCGGCUCUUUAGCGCACGCCAGGCUAUGGCUGGAGGAUGCCAUGAGGGAAAAUGAUCCAUCCAGUGUUUUACUGUUCCUCGUUGGGACCAAGAAGGACCUCAGCUCUCCUGAACUGUUGGCUCAGGUGGAGGAAGAAGCCAUCAGACUCUCUGAGGAAAUCAAAGCAGAAUACUGGGCCGUGUCCGCAAAGUCAGGAAACGGAGUCAGGGACUUCUUCUUACGCGUGGCGUCUUUGACUUUUGAGGCAACUGUUCUGGGUGAACUGGAGCGAAGCGGGUCGAGGCAGGUCAAAGACAUAAUCAGGAUCACGGACAGCACAGAGGACAAACCAGGAUCGAAGAGAAAUCCCAACUGUUGCUGAACCUCUAACGUUUUUUUUAAGUGACUGCUGAGCAGAAACAGCAUGGACUCAGUGUGAACAUCAGUGUCAGCUGAUAGCUUGAUAACGGCCUGCAGAAGGAAUUAGUCUCGAUCCAAGCUGUUCUUCAACAUAAUGAACUCWGUGUUGAGUCUGUAAACAAGUCUGUCAGCAGGAUUUUUACUGCUGACCGGCCUGCAACAAGCCAGGCUUUGUUUCUGUGCUUUUACAAAUAUUUAUUAAAAAGGAAGACUGUU